AUGGAUGUUCCUAGGGCGCGCCAGGAUGGCCUACACAAUGCGGAUCGCAGGGCGAGAGAGCUGUACCGCUACUACAAGCCUGCUUCCCAAGCCGAAGUGGUUCCUACUUGGCUUCCUGCGAACGAUGGAUUCCCUUUUUCUGCAAAUUCAGGAAAUAUAAUCACCCCGCCGAUAUCAGAAGGCUCAGUGCCUUCACAUAGUGCACCUUCACGGCCAGCGAGCGCAGGCUCCGAAGCCCUCGUUUUAGGUACCUCAAACAGUACAAUGACGUCAUUUGCACAGCUAGCGGCCUUGCGGCUGAAUGUGGAGAGGGUACUCAUCUCUGUAUUGGAUCGUGAUCAACAGCACAUCAUUGCUGAAGCUACAAAAUCCGUCAAUUUGAACGAUCCGUCAAUCCAUGACGACAAUGACAAUGUCUGGUUGGGGGCACCCGACACCCGCAAGGCAUGGAGUGUAUGCAAGGACAUCGUUUCACUACCCCCCAACGACCGCGAGAAUGCACACUAUCAAUUUUUAAUUGUGAACGACAUGACCGAAAAUGAGCGCUACAGACACCUUUCCUUCGUUGAAAAGGAUCCCAACUUCCGCUUUUUCGCCGGAACUCCCUUGACAACCGAGAAGAAUAUCAAUUUGGGAUGCUUUUUCGUGUUGGAUAAAAAGCCCCGGGAUGGAUUGACACCGCUGGAGAAGGAUACACUGGGAUCUAUAUCGAUGCUUGUGAUGGACUACUUGAGGGUUUGCAGACAGGCUUCCGAAGGACGCCGGGCUGCACGCCUUUCCCGCGGGCUCAGCUAUUUCGUUGAGGGAAGCUCCAGUUUUGUGGAUAAUGUCGACCCGUCGCGCACCGACAGUGUCGGCCAUUUAUCAGCAACCCCGGCAUCCUCCUACAAUCGAAUCAGUGCCUCUGGUCGAUCUCAUGGAGACGGCUCAGAAAACGCAUCGCAAGCACCAUCCAAUAGUCCACCAAACGACCGGUCACUCAGUAACGAUGCACGUUCCUUCAGCUCUGUUCCCUCAGAUUCGAAACUGGACUACGAUUGGAAAUUUGGCAGUGGUUCAAAAUUGGACAACGUCUCAAAGAUUGAAUCGGGCACUGUAGAGAGCUCUCUGCCAGAAUGGCUGACAAGCAGCAGCCGAAAUCGACUACCGCCGGAUGAUUCCCAAGGCAACUCCUGGUGCUUCCGCAGGGCAGCUAAUUUAAUCCGCGAGAGCCUUGACCUGAGUGGCGACGGUGGUGUCAUUUUCCUGGAGGCCAACAAUAGCCCUUUGAUGGAUGCCGAUAUGGGGGGUGAUUGUUCCGACACAGGCGGGCCUGCCUCUGUCCUGUCGGCGUCAACAAAUGAAGAGCCGUUCGCUCCCCAGGCAGGUUCGAUGGCCACAUGCCCUGCUGCCAACCUGGAUCGAUCCUUCCUGCAAUUGCUGCUUCGACGUUACCCCAAAGGAAAGCUAUGGUCUUUCCAUCGCGAUGGCCUCAUCUCGACAUCCGAUGAUGACGACCAAGAAGCCCAGGACAAGGCCCCUCUUGGCACCAGUGCCACCAGUCGGUCCCCACCCAGUGCACAACCUUCAAAGCCAACGCGAAAACGCCGGAAAGCUGCGGAGAAUUCAGUACUCAACCAGUAUUUUCCGCAUGCCGCACAAAUCAUGUUUGUGCCCCUGUGGGAUGCUGUUUCUUCGCAAUGGUUCGGUGGGUGUUUCUGCUGGAGCACAAUUGAGACCCAGGUGUUCACCACCUCAGUCGAGCUCAGCUCAGUGCUUGGGUUUUCAUCGUCCAUCAUGGCCGAAUAUAGCCGCGUUGAAUCCCUCAUCGCGGAUCGCCAGAAGGGUGAUUUCAUUGGGAGUAUCUCGCAUGAACUCCGUAGCCCUCUCCAUGGCAUCUUGGCCGCUGCUGAGUUUCUGAACAGCACUCAUCUAAACGAAUUCCAGGACUCAUUGCUUGAAACUAUCAAUUCCUGUGGCCGGACGUUACUGGAUACAAUGAAUCAGGUACUUGACUUCAGCAAAGUGGUAUCUUUGGAACGGACAUGGCGGUCAAUGAAACGCAAGAAAGAGUCACCGCUCGAUUUCAAAGGAUCGGACAAGCUGCCGCAUCAUCUGGAUACGCUCGUGGCCACCGAUGUAGCCAUUCUCGCCGAGGAAGUCGUUGAAGGCAUCUGUCUUGGCAAUGUGUAUGGCCAGAGCUCGACUGCUUCAGCUGACCUGCCCGUAUUGAUGCCACAUCAGACAAAGUCGCAGAAUCAGCGGUCCAACGUCGAAGUUGUUGUUGACGUUCCAUUCCAGGAUUGGGUCUACCGGACUCAGCCAGGCGCUUUGCGGCGGAUCAUUAUGAAUAUUUUUGGAAAUGCCAUGAAAUACACAGAAUUUGGCCGUGUCACAUUAUCAUUGGCAGCAUCGAGCCAGUCUGAAGGACGGUCUCGACGGCAAGGCCUUGAAGACUUGGUCACAUUGACAGUAACCGACACAGGGAAAGGCAUAUCGGAGGAGUUUUUGCGCGGCAAGCUUUACACGCCCUUUGCUCAGGAAGAUGCCCUGGCUGUUGGUACUGGACUUGGAUUGUCAAUUGUUCGCAUCGGCGGGGAAGGCACUGUCGUGCGUGUAUCGCUCCCGCUAGAGCGGCCUGUUGGCAAGGAAAGCCCAGAGGUCGAACCAUCCGGGCAGCUUAUCCAACAGAGAGAGACCUUAGCACAAACUCUUCUGCUACGCGAGGGAUACCCUGGUAGACGAGCCUGUAUCUGGGGUAUCGAUCCAUCUGAGGUGACUGCCAGCUCUAACUGGUCUGAAAUUGCUCGAUAUCUUUCAGAGUGGUACGAUAUCGAGAUCGUCGCAUGGACACCGGAAGCCCAUGUUGAUCUUGUGCUUAUGGAUGAAAACGAUUUACCAAACUUCCGCACCAUUGCACCUUCGGCCACUUUGCCUGCUCUUCUCGUUUUAUGCCACAAGUCUGUGGAUUACACCGGAGCAAAAUCCGAGUGGUUGCCUCUUGCUUCCUCCGUGAACAUCAUCCGUCGUCCCUGUGGGCCACAUAAAUUAGCUCGAAGCGUAAUGAGGUGCCUGACCCACGGCCAAUCGAGAUCCACGACACCGGCUUCCGCUCUGCAACCACUGAAUCUGCCGAUCAGGACGUCCUCGUUGCCAUCUGAACUCGCCUCCCCCCACAUAUCCACUGCUGAUGAUAUUAGCGCACCUGAGCCGGACUGCCCCGAAGUGCGCCCUAUGACGGCAUCACCGCUGCAACAACCAUCGCCAAUGGCAGCAUUAACGGAGGAGAUUUCAGAAGCCCCCUUACCAGAACCACUGGUAGAGGGCACAAACCCCUCUCGGCGACUGGCACGAGUGCUCGUGGUUGAUGACAAUCGCAUCAACCUGAACCUGAUGAUGACGUUCCUCAAAAAGCGCCAGCUGACUGACCUGGACCCAGCUGAAAAUGGCAAAUUGGCCGUUGAGGCAGUCGAGCGCAUGCAGAGUGGUUAUGACAUUAUCUUCAUGGAUAUGUCAAUGCCCGUCAUGAAUGGUUUCGAGGCUACUCGUGCUAUUCGCUCGCUAGAGAGGGAUACAGAUGGCCGCAAACCGGCUAUCAUCAUUGCCUUAACCGGCCUCAGUAGCUCUCGUGAUGAGUCGGAUGCUAUAGCUUCUGGUGUGGAUCUAUUCCUUACUAAACCUGUCUCUUUCAGGGAAGUAGCACGGCUCCUAGAUGAGUGGGAAAGGGACGAGUUGGUGACAGAACGGAAGAUGACAGGUUGA